AUGGCCAGAAGACGUCGGUUGGCGUCGACGUCGGCGGCGGCGGCCGCAGCCAAACAAGUCAUGAUAACGCCUUUUCUUCUCCAAUUCUUCGACAAUUCGUCGACAGCUUCACACACACACGUACAUACAUACACAAGCACCGCUUCAAGCGUGAUUUGCGACGUUUUUGACACGAAACUCUGUCGUUGGGUACAGCGAAAGACGACGAUUUUGCAGUAA